AAUAGUUUGUCAGCUGUGAUAUUGAUGUAAGAGGAUUUUUUUGUGUUUUCUGGAAAAAAACGGCGAAAGGAACGACCAAAAUGACGUUUAAAGUUUAGCUUAUUCGUAUGCAAUUUAGAUCUGGUAGAGUAUGAUGGGAUAUAACCCUUAGAAAGUGGAUUAAAAUCAUGGAAUCGUGACACAUGCUGUCAGUUCCAAAAUCAAUCACACACAACACAACACUAUAGUAUACACACUGACAGUACAGUAGUGUGGACAGUAACAGAGGAGGUGUGGCAUGCUUCAUAUCUAUCUUGUUCCUCAGGAAGUUCCCGCUGAAGUGCAAAUUUCUUGUGACAACUGUGUAAGACAAGUAGGAGUAAAUUCUCCGGCCUGAUGCUUAACACAGUCCCCAAUUCAUAUUAUACACUUCCGUAUUUGUUAUUGAUUAAACAUUUUACGCAAGAGGAGGUUUGUAAAGACUUGCUGUCGUUGGACGGCUUGGCCGUUAGGAGCUCAUUACUGAUUCAAAGAUAGAGUAGCAGCACUCUGGCAAGACUUGACAGUUGACGCCAGCAAGCUGGAGCCAAAACGUGAGACGUCAGCACGGCGUUCGCCUAGGCUGACAGGAAGGUUGAAGAGGGGACGAGGACGGUUACUGACUGGACCAAACGAGAUGGAUUUAGAAUUAGGAGCCCUGGAUUACAGGCAGCCCCCUGUCAAUGAGGAAUAUGACAGGUGUGAACAAUGGUUGGAUGAUCAUUCAGACUUCGUGCAUGACUACUUUUCCCGUAAGGCUACAAGAACCAUGAUUGAUGCAUGGUUGAUUUCGCAUGCAAUGCAAACCGGGCUACCAAGCCAAAGUGACGUUGCAAACGCACAGGGUAAUUCCAGCGGGUCGAACUCUAGGACUAAUUCAGGGGCCAAUACCCCAGUCAGAAAAAUAUCUGCUCAAGAGUUCGACCGUGGCGGUAUUCUGAAACCAAUGGUAUCUACUGUUGAUGGCACGCCAACAUUCCUUGCUUCUAGUGUUAAAAGUCCAACUGGGUCUGAUCAGGCAAAAGUGCGAAAGCGUCGCAGUGAACUGAAACACCUUGAUGAGAGGGAACUCAUGUAUGAACUUGUCAUUGAUAUAUGCAAUGAUUUGGAUGUUUCAAGUCUUUGCCAUAAGAUCUUACAGAAUGUUAGUAUUCUUGUAAAUGCCGACCGAUGUUCCUUGUUUCUCGUCCAAGGAGAGAAGGGAUCGGCGGACCGCUGCCUGACCAGUAAACUAUUUGACGUGACUGUAGAUUCAACGCUUUCGGAAUGUUUGGAUAAGUGCACUGAGCUUCGGAUACCUUGGGGAACGGGGAUUAUUGGAACAGUUGCCAAAACAGGGGAAUCCCUCAACAUACCUGAUGCAUAUGAGGAUCCUCGCUUCAACGAUGAGAUUGAUAUCAAAACAGGGUAUAAAACGCGGAGCAUAGUGUGUAUGCCAAUCAAGGACCAUUACGGAGAAACGAUUGGUGUAGCGCAGGCAAUCAACAAAAUCGGUGUCAUAAAUGAACCAUUUGAUGAGAAAGAUGAAAAGGUGUUCUCGUCAUAUUUGGCGUUUUGCGGCAUCGGUCUCAGGAAUGCUCAGCUUUAUGAAAGAUCUCAAUUGGAAAAUAGGAGAAAUCAGGUAUUACUUGAUCUGGCCCGGAUAAUUUUUGAAGAACAAAGCAAUGUUGCGUCGCUGAUACAGAAAAUCAUGAUGCACACUCAGUCAUUACUUCAGUGUGAGCGAUGUCAAGUAUUACUGGUUGACGAAUCAUCAAAGGGUUACCCGGGAGCUAUUCGUAUCACCUUGCCGGACACAGAUCUCACCAGUCCAGAGCAUAUCUAUGCAGAUAAAAACAAAAGAAACCGUGUUAGAAAUGAGACGAUGGGUGUCUUCUCGCAAGUGUUUGACCUUGAAGCUGGUGACUUUGACAAUGAUGACUCGUGCAACAGAGAGGUCUCCUCAGAGCCAAGGUUUCCUAUCAAUAUUGGUAUAACAGGGUAUACGGCUACCACAGGAGAGACUCUGAACAUCCCAGAUGCAUAUGAAGAUGACAGGUUUGACCCCGUGGUUGACGAAGAUGUGGAGGGUGAUUUCCGUACGCGCAGCAUCCUCUGUAUGCCGAUCAAGAACGCCAUGGGUCAGGUGAUAGGUGUCAUUCAACUCAUCAACAAGUUGGAUGGCACUGUGUUUAAUCAAAAUGACCAGAAUCUCUUUGAGGCCUUUGCUAUCUUCUGUGGUCUUGGCAUCAACAACACGCAGAUGUAUGAAAAGGCUGUGAAGGCGAUGGCCAAGCAGCGAGUCGCCCUCGAAUGUCUCUCAUAUCAUGCAAUCGCACCAGUUGAGGAGGCUGUUAGGUUUAAGAAACUUCCCAUUCCGUCUGCAUCAUUCUUCCGUCUCAAUGAUUACAACUUCAAUGACUUCACUCUCGACGAUGAUGACACAUUGAAAGCGUGUAUGCGUAUGUUCCUUGAUCUCGAACUCAUUGAACGAUUCCACAUAAACUAUGAUCUGAUGUGUCGCUGGCUGCUGAGCGUCAAGAAGAAUUAUAGGAACGUGACGUACCACAACUGGCGACAUGCAUUCAACGUGGCGCAGACCAUGUACUGUAUGAUCAGGAAUGCACAUAUGCAGAAUGUGAUAGGAGACCUUGAGUGCCUGGCACUGCUUGUCGGAUGUCUAUGUCAUGAUCUUGAUCACCGGGGCACAAAUAAUCAGUUCCAAAUAAAGACCAUGUCAGCCAUGGCACAGCUCUACUCUACCUCAGUUCUUGAACACCACCAUUUUGAUCAAUGCAUUAUGAUUCUCAACACAAAAGGCAACGAAAUCCUGUCCAAUCUCCGCCAAGAUGAAUAUGAGCGAGUCAUCAAGAUACUCGAGAACGCCAUCUUGGCUACAGAUCUGGCAUUAUACUUUAGAUUCCGUGGGGAGUUUUUCAACCUUGUCGACUCAGGGCAGGCAAAUUGGCAAGACGAUGAUCACCGAGAGUUACUUCGAAGUAUGAUGAUGACGGCAUGUGACGUUGCCGCCAUUACGAAACCUUGGGAAGUCCAGAAGAAGGUGGCAGAGCUCGUCGCAGGUGAAUUCUUUGAGCAAGGCGAUAUUGAGAAGACACAGCUCAAGAUUAAGCCAAUUGAUAUGAUGGAUCGUGAUAAGAAGGAUCAACUUCCGUCCAUGCAGGUUGGGUUUAUAGAUGCCGUCUGCAUGCCUGUCUACCAGGCCUUUACAAAAGUCUCUGAUCGAUUUAAACCAUUGUCCGAAGGUUGCAAGAAAAAUCGUCGUCAUUGGCAAGACAUUGCUGAUCGCCAAAACAAAACUGUCGCAGACCAACAGGAUACGGAAAAACCUGGCCGGGAUAGUGAGGGGAGUACCGUUGGCUCCUGAAGGCUACUCGCACGUGAUUUUUUAGUCGAUGAACUUUUGGUUAUUGUUCUCUGUAUUCUAAUGAUCAUUGCCAUUUUGGCGAUACAGAGUGAAAAAAUGUUCAAAACAAUUCUUGACCUGUGAUGGAGAGAAAUCUUGGCCAGUAUUGGAGAGUACCUGGACAUCGAGGAUUUGUGAGAAGGACUUUGCGUACACGUAUCAUCAUUGGAAAGGCAGCAAAUAUUUGCUCCUUUGGUUUCGGCUGUUGGUCAUAUUUUUUGUCGGUCGUUGCCACUCAGAGAUGAAAAAAACGGGUUGCUGAUUUUGUUUCCAGCUAGAACCCAAAUCGAAUAGCCACCUAGCAAUACAGGCACUGUUGGGUGCCUGGCGUCUGCCCCGAUGCCAGUCAGGCAUUAAUUCAUGAAAAAUAUUACACAUAGACAUAUUGAGGAGGCAAUUAUCAUGGCACUGUCAUUCCAUACUUUCAGAGAGUGUAUACCACAGUAACACUAUAUUUUGGCCUAGCAAGUUGUGCGGAGGUAGAAAGCAAGCCAAGCCCUGCCUUGUCUUGGUAGAGUCUGACCAUGACCUUUUGAUUUGAAAAAUCUUUAUACCGGUACUCUUAUUUCAUAUUUUCUUUUUGGAAUUUCUAUUUUUCUCCAGUCUUGUCUUUUCAUUGCACUAUCUGAUGCUCAGUAGAAAUUUAUGGCUGUCAAAACCAUUGGUCAUAUUUGCUGAUAAGUAUAUUUUAACCCUUGGAAUUCCAUAUCCUGUACCCCAGGUGGCCUUUUAGUGUUUGUAACAAAUAUUUGGAGUUAAUAACAGUUAAGAUUUGUAUGAAACAAGGAACUUUAAUCCAAAUAUAGAGUGUAUAGGUGGAAAAUAUAUCAUCAUGAAUAUACUGUAAGAAGGGAAAUAAAAUGGGGUCUAGUCCACAAGGUUUUGUUAUGGAAAUACAUGUAUCUCAUCAUAUGACAAUGUUCCCAACCAUGAAAUGAUCUUAAAGAAGUACCAAAAGUAUCGGGCAUAGAUUAAGAUGCUUGCAAGUGUAGAUUAGAAUCUUGAUCUAUGCCCCUUUAGGUUUGGGUCUAUACUUGAUGAAUCGGUUUCCUGUCAAAAUGUUCAAUUUUGAUCCAUUUUCUUGUUUGUUAAUAUUAUCAGUUGUGUAUAUUUAUUCAUUGGUGCACUUGUCUUGAGAUAUCUUUUAAAACCAUCGUCAACCAUUAAUUGUUUAUCACUUAACCAUUCUUUAUCACUCAACCAUAGUUUGUGAGUUAACCAUUGUUUAUUAACCAUUGUUACCUUAUCAAACCACUACUUCAGCAUUCAUAUACUUUAUGGACCAUCCAUCGCAUACCCACCUGUUAAGGUAGUGUUCGUAUCCAUUCUUUAGUGUACAGUGAAUUUGAUUUUACCUUUACAUGUUCAUAUGUAAAUGUUAUUUAUAAAUGUAGAUUUUUCUGUAAAUUUUGACUCCAGGAUGGCCGAUUUCUUACGAUUUCUAAUCUAUUUCUAAGUGUUUUAUCUUAGCAUUAGUAAAGUUUUUCAUUCAUGACUCUAAGUCGGUAUUUUUCAUCACAGCCUAUAAGUGGAUGUGGCAGAACAUGAUUAGGUCCUUUAUUGCCAAGUUCUAAAUUGAAUUGAGUUGUGUUUAGGCCUGCCUUCCGAUUGUGGCUUAGUCCUCAUUUCACUGAUUGGAGAUGAUGAAUUGAAGGAUGAAAUCAUCAUUUAACAGCACAGACUCUUUUUCUGUGCAAUGUAGUCGUUGUCAGGGAUGCUUCGAAUGAUUUCCAUCAAAAGUGCACAGCAGAAAAGAACACUUAAAUCCAUUUUCUUUCUGCAAGAUCUUAGGAAUAAACUAUGUAACUUCACUCUUCUCUCCCUGUAUAAAAUAUAUUAAUUAUGCUCUCAUAUUUCAUAUUCUAUCAGUUUAGUUAUUUUUUGGACACCAUUUAUCAAAAGUUGACCCUCUUUUAGUGUUCCCCAGUGCCAAAACUGUAAGAAUAUACUGACUGUGUCCAAAGGAUGAUUGUCUCAAUGUAAUGGUGGACCAGCACUAUUGAAAUCACUGUAAAGACAGCUAUUCCGGGAUUACUCAGAAAAAACUCAUUCUGUUUGCAUACACUUGGGAUGUGUACCUGCCUCACCUUCUGUAGAGGAACACUGUAAUUAUCAUAGUGCUAGCUUAGCAAUAUCUGAAACACCCCCCCCCCCCUUUGACUCGUAACUUUCUGAUGAUUAUAGAAAUUUAUAGCAAGGUUCGGUCUGAUUGUAAAAGCCAUAACAUUAAAGGAAGACUAUUGAGACUAUAGGCAGGAGCCAAGUUGGUCAGCUUAAAUAACACAAGUCACCAAUAGGGGUCUCUUCUAUCUGUUGUAUUAGGAAUAUGAUUAUUACUGAAUCAGACACAACCCAGGCCCCUAACAGUACUUACUAGUCACCUAAAGACUACCAUUUUGGCCCCUUUACUCCCGCCAGUAUUUCCCCUCUAAAAUUAUUGUCAGAUCAUGUACAUGAUGUAUUUGUUAGAAAUUCAAUAGUGUAAAGGGAUGUGAUUUGUACUUAUAAGACAUACUGUGGUGGAUGCUGACAAAGAAAAGCUGCACUGCCCAAUCAGAUCUAUUAUAAGAAAUAUUUCUUGAUUUGUCGCUGUGUUUAUUGUAAUGAUCGAAGAUGAAGAAUCACAAGAAAUCUUGCACCAACUAGCAUCAAAUCCACUAAAAUAGACGUGUACUUAUUUUUGACCGAUAAUAAUGAUAUUUUUUAUUCAAAAUAUCCAUCAAUGAGAGUGAGAUAUUUUGAUAAAUGUUCAAUUUUUACCAACUUGGGCCUUUGAAGUAACCUGGCAAAUACCCAGCUGCAGUACCAAUAACUUGAGUGCCUUUUUGUUGAGGAUGUAGUUUGGACAUAUAAAUCUCAAAAAAACAUUUGAGAACCAUUUUUAGGCCUGUGUGACUUGAGGGAACCUAGUUCUAGAAAUGUCCUCUUGUGUUUGGCAAAUGUAUGUUCUUGAAUAACCACCAACCAAAACCAUUAAGAUAUUCAUUUCCAUAACAAUAAUGAAACACACUGUUGCAGUGUUCUAGUAUAAUUUUUUGGUCUAACUUGAGAUACCCAAUGUCCCUUUACAUUAUACUGGGUGUUGAAAUAAACAUUGCCAAAAGGCAUCGAAUUUGGUCUGAAUCAUAGCAAACCUUUUUUUUAACACCCAGUAUACAGAAUAUUGUUUGUAAAUGUAAGUUACACUUGGUAGAGUAUAGUGACCAACCAACUUCCCUACUAUUUUGUAAAGUACCUUUGUGCAUAAUUACUCUAAUAUAAUAGAUAAUAGAUAAUGCCAGGUUUACAAUCGUAAAUUAAUUAUUUAUCUACAUGUACCAAUAAGUAAUAAAAUGCUGAUUAUAAGUAAUAAAGAUAAGAGAUUGUACAAA